UUUGUAUGUUUAUCAAUGGCUGCCACUUUCUCUUCCUCAUGAAUCUUAAACGAGGACGUUUCGGAUGGAACCGCAAUUCUCGAAGCACCGAUCGUACGGUCCCCCGGCGCACCACCGUCACCGCCAGAACCAAUCGAAAAUGAUGAUUCCGACUCCGUCACCUCCACCGCCACAGCACUCCGACAACGAUCGGAGCUGCAGCGAACUCAGAGCCUUCGACUGUAACCUCAAUUCCCUUUGUGAACACAUCCAAACGGAAGGUUUCAACGGCGGUUCAUUCUCCGAUAUUGUCGUUAACGCCAUGGGAUCCACCUACCACCUCCACCGCUUAGUCCUCUCUCGUAGCUCCUACUUCAGGAACAUGCUGCACCGGCCUUGGAAAGAAGCUAAUUCUCCGGUUGUAACGUUAAACGUCGACGAUAGCAACGUUAACGGCGAAGCAAUGGCCGUCGCGUUGGCUUAUUUGUACGGACACCACCCCAAGCUUAAUGAUAAUAAUGCCUUCCGCGUUUUAGCUGCUGCUUCAUUUCUCGAUCUUCAGGAUUUAUGUGCUAUAUGUACGGAUUUCAUUAUAUCUGAGCUCUGGACUUCGAAUUUCUUAGCAUAUCAGGUGUUUGCCGAGAGUCAAGAUUACGGGAUACAUGGAGAACGAGUGAGAAAUGCUUGUUGGGGUUAUCUGUGUCAAAGUGGCGCCAUGGAAUUGAAAGAGGUGCUUCCUAAACUUUCAUCUCAGACUCUACAUGCAUUGCUCACGUCUGAUGAGCUGUGGGUACCUAGUGAAGAAAAACGAUUUGAGCUAGCAUUGUACACCCUCCUUGCAAAAGGUGCUUUUUACCAGCCUGAAAGAUCUGGUCAAGGAAGCCACUCUCCUGAGAUGGAUGUGGGCACUUCUCUUGAGUCUUCUAAAGAAAAGGGAAAAACCUUGGUUGAUAGCUUCCAGGGUAAGACAUUGGAAUCCGAAUUGGGAUGCCUAAAUUUAAAAGAUGACCAAGAGCAUUGUAAGAGUGCUCAGAAGCUCCCGGUUGAUCUUGCAGCUUGUGUAGUUGACAUACCGGCAGGGGUAUCUGACCAACAGGUUCAGCGACCCAAAUAUGCUUGCUCAGAACCAAUGUAUCCCUGCAACAAAGAUCAGUCUUCAUCAAUGAGUAGCUCAUCUUCAGAAGGGAUAAGAACUUCACGUUCGUAUGCUGAACUUCCAAUUGGUGAUGGAAUGAGUGGAGGAAUGGCUAUGGAGGGGCCAUCUGAGGAAGGUUCAUGUUAUCUGUUGAAUAACAAUAACUGGCUUGCAAGCAAUCAAUCAAAGCAUUGCUCUUCCGAGGAUAGUGGGCUCAUGUUGAAUGAUUGGGGAAGAUGUGACAUGGCUUCUCUUUCUUGGGGUGGCAGGGUUGUGGGUAAAAGACAGGUGAAAAGCUACGCAAAAGGGAACUGCGGGGUACAUGGCGAGGAAUAUGAUGCUUUUGUCAAUAUAUUUGAAGGGGGUUCUCUUCUAUAUUGCAACAUGUCCUUUGAGGCACUCUUGAAUGUGAGGAAGCAACUUGAAGAAUUGGCGUUCCCUUGCAAAGCUCUGAAUGAUGGCCUUUGGCUGCAGAUGCUGUUACACCAGCGGGUGCAAGAAAUUGGAGCUGACACAUGCAAAAAUUGUUGCCUGACUAGUAUGCAAUGCAGUUGCAGGCAGCCCUUUGGAUACCUUCAUGGAGUAGCUACUACAGGUUAUUACAUGCAAGAGCAUGAUCAAAAUCAUCUAACUGCCAACAUUGAAAAUGUAUAUAUGGCUGAGAAUGCUCCAGAUGAAGGAAAUGGCCUCUUUAGGCCGGUAAGAGUGCAGGUUAGGAGGGUUAAUGAUGGGCUUGCAGGUAUCGGGUGUGGUGCUACUUUUGUUCCUGCCACUUCGUGGACUCCAACACGUUUUGUCUUUUCCCGUGUGCCCUUUGGUAUUGGCAUCCGAAAUGGCCAGCAAUCUCUUGCUAAUGAUGAUUCAGAGGCUAGAGCAGACCAUAAUGGAGACAUGUCUGGAGGUGGCUUAACGGCUCUGGUGGAGUUAAUCCAAGAAGGAAGUAAUGCCAAUAAUGUUCAUGCAGAACAAACAGAUAGGAGUUCUGAGAUGGACUCGCAUAACAAAGUGUCUGUAACUUCCAUUGCAGGCCCGGCUACUAGUGGGAUUGCUGUGCAGAUGUUAGAGUCACCAGAGCAUGCCAUUGGAAUUGAUUGGGAAAAUGCAACUAAUUCUUCUAUAUCUUUGGAUUUGAGAACCCCUCUGAGUCACUUCCCUUCCUUUCGUUUUGGGGUUGAAUUUGAGGAUGUGCUCAGGCUCAGUGAUGGUCAAGUCAAGCACUCUCCUGAGUUCUUUUACGCUGGUUCAUUGUGGAAGGUUAGUGUUCAGGCCUUCAACGACGAAGAUCCUCAAGGACGAAGGACUUUAGGAUUGUUUAUUCACCGUCGGAAAGCCGAGAUAACCGAAUCUCUCAGUAAGGUUCACAUGUAUAUCGAUUCUCGGGAAAAGGUUACGGCUCGAUAUCAGCUAAUUUGUCCUUCAAAGCGAGAAGUAAUGGUGUUCGGGAGCUUCAAACAGAGGGGCACUCUUUUACCGAAAGCUCCCAAAGGUUGGGGAUGGAGGACAGCUUUGUUGUUUGAUGAACUUGCUGAUCUUCUACAAAAUGGGGCUUUGAGAAUAGCUGCUGUUGUGCAGCUUGUAUGAAAUCAAACAAAUCAGAUGUACAAAGGCUUUUUUUUUUCUUUUUUCUUUUUUUCGAGUUAAUCAGACUUGGAUGAGAGAUUCGGAUUUGAGUAUGUUUGCAUAUUUAGAGAUUUCUCGGAAGGUUCUAAACUUCGAUACUUCAAGAAAUGCGAAGAAUCGGAGAAACGGCACGGAUCAUUCAAGAAACUAGAACUUGACAUCCAUCGUCUUCUGCACUUGUAGUGACGAUUCUUGUAUCACGGUGAAUUAUAUUUAAGUCAAGCAUAUGAUAAAAGUACAGAUAAUGCUCCUUGAA